AGGUACGUGGCAACAAGGUCGUGCAUGGAAAUGAAAUAAAAGAAACAAAUCAAAGAAACAAAUCAAAAAGAGAAAAUUCCUUUCCACCCACAAUCCCAAAUUUCAAUCCUUGUUUCACUUUUUUUCUUUUUCUGGCAGAUGUCAACCGUAUAUUUGAAUCCAUCUCUCAUUCUUCUUACCUGCUACGCCUACGAAGAUCCAUUCUCGUUUCACCAAACAUUCGCACGCCAUGUUUUUGAAUCACUACUUUCAACACUUUACAAUCGAUUCAUUCUGACUCAAAUGGAAUCACUUCCAUCCGGAAAACCCUUCAUCAUAGUAAUCCUUCUAUACCGUAUGUUCUGAUUCGGCUCAAAGUUCAAUAUCAUAAUGAUUCCGGUUGAUAAUGGUAAUAUUACAAGUCCCCGAAAUGAAAUUGAAGAAUCUAAUGGGACUCAAGUGAAGGAGUUUGCUUCUCUAGAUAUUUCAACCCCUAAUGAGAAAGACCUUAUUUCACAGUCUCUACCUUCUCCUUCUCCGCAUUCCAAUGGUCUAAAAUCGCGUUUACGUCUGAUGUUUGCUCAAAAACUUGAAUGGAGUUCAGUCAAGAAAAUGUGCUUGGAAUGGAUCAAGAACCCGAUGAACAUGGCCCUUUUCGCGUGGAUAGUUUGCGUCGCUGUUUCGGGUGCAAUUCUGUUCUUUGUCAUGACAGGAAUGUUGAAUAAUGUGCUAAAAACUAAGUCGGAGAGGAACACAUGGUUUGAGAUAAAUAACCAGAUACUUAAUGCACUCUUUACACUUAUGUGUUUGUAUCAACAUCCGAAGAGGCUCCACCAUCUUGUUAUUUUGUGUAGAUGGAGAACAAAUGACAUUUCUACGCUUCGAAUGAUUUACUGCAAAAAUGGUACUUGUAAGCCACAUGAAUGGAGACAUAUGAUGGUAGUGGUUAUUCUCCUUCAUGUUAACUGUUUUGCUCAAUAUGCACUUUGUUGUCUAAAUUUAGGAUACACAAGGUCUCAGCGACCUGCGGUUGGAGUUGGAAUUACUAUAUCAGUUGCAAUUGCGUCACCGGCCAUAGCUGGAUUGUACAUUAUUCUUAGUCCACUAGGGAAGGACUAUGAUUGUGAGAUGGAUGAAGAAUCACGAGAUCAAAUUCCGAAACCGUUUGAGAAAAGGUAUGCCUUUGCAUCUAAGGAUCAACAGGGAGAAGUUAUAGAAUUAGAAAAUAGACCGAAUUGGAGUGGAGGAAUACUUGAGAUAUGGCAUGAUAUAUCUGUAUCAUUUCUCUCACUUUUCUGCAUUUUUUGCGUGUUUGGUUGGAACAUGGAGAGACUUGGAUUCGGGAACAUGUAUGUUCAUAUAGCUACUUUUAUGCUGUUAUGUAUGGCUCCUUUUUGGGUAUUUGUAUUAGCUUCCGGUAACAUUGAUGAUGAUAAUGUUAGAAUAGCUUUAAUAGCUACUGGAAUCAUCCUUUGUUUUUGUGGCUUACUUUAUGGUGGCUUUUGGAGGAUUCAAAUGAGAAAGAGGUUCAAUUUGCCUGCAUACGAUUUCUGUUUUGGAAAACCAUCAGUUUCUGAUUGUACACUUUGGUUAUUCUGUUGUUGGUGCUCUCUUGCUCAAGAAACUAGGACUGGGAAUAGUUAUGAUAUCUUGGAAGACAAGUUAUGUUUGAAAGAAAUUGAUACUUGUGAUCAAGUUUCAAUUUCAACUUUGGACAGAGAAGAUGUAGUAGUAUCAACCAAAUCUGGUACAAGUUUUACUCUUGAAGGAGGUAAAGAUGGAACAAUGACUCCACCAACUCCGUCAUCAGUACAAAAAGAAGAUCAUUAGUUAAUCUAUGAAAGGAAAAGAGGGAAAUGAUUCUUCUUGAUUGUUUUGUAGGUAUAAAAUCAUUGUUUUGUU